UUGCAGAAAAGUAAAGCGAAACUCCUUGAGAAGAAGAUAAUAUGGGCAUUGAAGAGUUAAAAAACUGGCUUGCCAGCACUUCAUCAUCAUCAUCAAAGAUUCUUCUGUGUUUAGUUCCAUUGGUUCUGGUGUCUGGUUUUGCUUCUCUUUUACUUCAAAAAGGCUCCAACUUGGGUUUACUCUAUACUUCAUCUUCUUCACACACUGUGAAAAACUCUAGUUUACUAGUAGCUAAAGAGAGGGAUAGUCCAAUAGAUUCGCAAGUUCGACACUUUGUAAGAACAUUUUUACCUUUUUACUGCAUGUCUGAACCAAAUUAUGUUGUUUUCUUGUUGAUUUUAGUUUUUUUAUCCAUUCAGCAGACUGGGAAAGACGAAAACAAGCCAGAUAUGGCGAUUAGCGGAAACUUGAACAACUCUUCCAUUAAAGCAAAUGAAUCAACAGAUAAUACAGUGAAGCCAAGAAGACGAAGAAUCCGCUCUAGUUUGGUUAGAGUUGAAGAGGGUCUUCGAAAAGCUCGACUCGCCAUUAGAGAAGCUCCGAACGGGACUCGAUUAAAGGAUCCUGAUUAUAUCCCUGAUGGGCCAAUAUACAACAACGCCAAAGCCUUUCACAGGAGCUACCUGGAAAUGGAGAAACGGUUGAAGAUAUUCGUGUACGAAGAAGGGGAGCUUCCACUGUUUCACGACGGUCCAUGCAGGUUGCUAUACACCAUGGAAGGACAGUUCAUCAAUAAGAUGGAGGUCAACCACAAAUUCCGAACCCACAAUCCCCACAAAGCUCAUCUAUUUUACCUUCCUUACAGCGUCACAAGGUUGGUCCAAUAUAAUUGGGUCAAGGGUACCCAUAUGAACAAUUUAGGGACCAUUGUCCUAGAUUACGUCAACCUCAUUGCCACCAAACACCCUUUUUGGAACCGAAGCCAUGGGGCUGAUCAUUUCAUGCUUUCCUGCCAUGAUUGGGGGCCUGCAACUAGUUUUUAUGUUCCAGGUUUAGUGAAAAGCUCGAUCCGUGCACUUUGCAAUGCAAACACCUCCGAAAGGUUCAACCCGAUGAGGGAUGUAUCAAUUCCAGAGAUCAGUCUCAAAAGCGACAGAUUAGAGGGCUUGAUCGGUGGACUGUCUCCGUCGAAGCGUUCGAUUCUAGCUUUCUUCGCUGGAGGGAAUCACGGUUUCGUAAGACCAAUACUAUUUGACCAUUGGGAGAAGAAAGACCCUGAUAUCCAAGUCCAUAGUUACCUUCCAAGAAGCGUCUCUUACUACGAUCAAAUGAGGCAGAGUAAAUAUUGCCUUUGCCCCAGUGGAUACGAAGUUGCCAGCCCCAGAAUUGUGGAGGCAUUGUACAACGGGUGUGUACCAGUGCUGAUUUCCAAGACUUAUGUGCCACCUUUCAGUGAUGUUUUGAAUUGGAAAUCAUUUGCUGUGAUUGUUUCUCUUGAAGAAAUUCCGGAUUUGAAGAAAAUAUUGAUGGGUAUACCAGAAAGGAAGUACAUAAGAAUGCAGAAGAGAGUGAUUCAAGUGAGAAGGCAUUUCGAGUUGUAUGUGAAUCCAAAGAGGUUUGAUGUUUUCCAUAUGAUACUUCAUUCGAUUUGGCUUAGAAGAUUGAAUGUUAGGGUCAGUAAUGAUCCUGGAGAAAUAUUGUUGGAUUGAUUAUGAAUUAAUUAGAUCAUACAUAUUUUAAUCUUUGUAAAGAAAUAAGUUUCCACCACACUGAUGGCUAAAGGAAUUCUUACCUUAGGUAGAUCUUUUUAAUGUAAUUAUAUGGCAAUUUAAAAUUUUCAGAGA